AUGUCUUUUGGAGUUCAGCAUGAGGUUGCCUCGCUCCGCUAUAGCCAACUUUGCUUGGAAGUAAUUUAUCAAGAUAGAUACAGCACAUUCUCACUCAAUGGGGACUUCAUCUGGCUAGGACUCAUAUCCCAACUUUCCUCGACAAAUCUCGCGGUAAGCACUGCACUUGCGACCUUCGGGGCGGUGUAUGAAGCUGUCUUUUUCCGGAGAACACACUCGAGUCUAUCACUGGCGUCAGUCCAGUACAGCAAGGCCCUAUCUGCGUUGCAAGAGGAUGUCGCCUCGCAAUACCACGGGCCUAUUCCGAGCUUCCUCGCCAGUGUGCUCCUUGCUGCUUCUCAGGUUCUUCAAAGACGCUACAACAACUCAUUGACUCAUCUCAAAGGGGCCUUUACAGUUCUGACAAAGACAAUGUCUCGCCGCGUUCAGAACAAUCGGAGCAAAUGUGAUGCUUCGCCGAGUCGGAAUUCCUCGAGAGGAACGUCAAGCUGCGAAGCUCGUCUAUCUGACUUCGCACAGUCGCUCGAUCUCCUAACCGCAUCGUUUGUCCUGCACCGCCCUCCAGAGCUCCCGUCGUCCUUUGAUUUCGAGGUGUCGAAUCAAAACUCGAGUAAGACUCAUCUUGAGAGUGGCUCUCACCCACUCCAGUCCUUGCUGCACCACUGCUAUCACAUCGCAAAUGCCGCAUCGCCUUAUAAAUAUCUGGCCCGAUAUAGCUUCCCAACGGAAUUGGCCAUGGAACAAGGUCGAUGUAUUGCCCAUCUAUCACAAUGGCUAACCAGAUGUAACGAUGCGCUCCAGAGUCGGGCAUCGGAUUCUAUGCAACUCAACGUACGCCAGACCUACCUGUUACUCCAAGUUCAAUGCUUGAGCACACUGAUAUAUCUGUCAGUGAUUUCGAGUCCAUAUGAGUCGACCUACGACACAUACACGACCUACUUCCAGCAAAUCAUACAGAACGCCGAAGAAAUAAUCACCAGUCCUUCGUCUUCUUCUCCCUCGAUGCCAGUAUGCCGCUUUCGAGUACAGCCAGGGCUCGCCCAAGCACUCUUCAUAACGAGCACGAAGUACCGAAAUAGCACUCAACGCCGUAAAGCGAUAGAUCUACUCUCAAAAGUGGGCAUGGAAGGCCCGUGGGACCCUGAUAUCAUGUGCAAAGUAGCUAGAAGGGCAGUUGAGAUUGAGGAAUCUAGAUCAUUGUCUUCGAUGAUGUUGAAGCAAAGCCAAUGUGGGCCAGGGCUGUUCCGGGAUUUGGACUGCAGUUCGUGCGUCGACAUUGAUAUCCCCGAGCAAUGUCGUCUGCACGGGUGCGGCGUGGACCCUGGAGAGGGGAGUCUUGAGACCAAUAAUCCUGCGUCGGUGCAUUUCAGCUUGUGCAAGAAUGUCGAAAACAUGGUCAGAUCCCAAAAUCAUGAAAGCACAGAACAUUGGAUCAUAUGGACUGAGCCAAUGGUGGUUGGGGCAGGCCCGUUCUCGUAA